AUGUUUCUCCAAUCCCUUCCUUCACACUCUUCUGUCCGCUCCCACCCGGCCAGCCCCAGCCCACCAGGGCCACAGGCCAGCCCGGUGUUGCCAGUCAGCUACCGCCUGUCACACACGCGGCUGGCUUUCUUCCUGCGGGAGUCGCGGCCUCCGGUGCCUGCAAUCACCAACAGCUCCCUGCAGCGCUCCGAGCCCUUUGUGGUGUUCCAGACCAAGGAGCUGCCCAUCCUCAAUGUCUCCCUGGGGCCAUUCAGCACCAGCCAGGUGGUGGCACGGGAGCUCCUGCAGCCGUCCAGCACCCUGGACAUCCCCGAGCGCCUGACGGUCAAUUGGAAGGUGCGGGCCUUCAUCGUCCGUGCCCGUGUGCCCGCCUCGCAGCCCGUGGCCCAAGUGCUGUUCUACGUGGCGGGUCGGGACUGGGAUGACUUCGGUGUCACCGAGCGGCUGCCCUGUGUCCGCCUGCACGCCUUCCGGGACGCCCGGGAACACCCCCUGCUGCGCAUUGGGAGCAUCAGCCUGUUCCGGCCGCCCCCCAAGAGGACCCUGCAGGAGCACAGGCUGGACAGCAACCUGAUGAUCCGCCUGCCUGACCGACCCCUCAAGCCUGGGGAGGUGCUCAGCAUCUUCCUCUACCUGGCCCCCAACUCCUCCUCGCCCUCCAGCCCCAGCGUGGAGCAUUUCACACUCAGGGUGAAGGCCAAGAAGGGUGUGACCCUUCUAGGCACCAAGUCACGGAGUGGCCAGUGGCACGUGACCUCGGAGCUGUUGACAGGAGCAAAGCAUUCAACAGCCACCGUGGAUGUGGCCUGGGCUCAGGGAACACCCCUGCCCCCCUGGGAGGGCCAGGGACCCUUGGAGAUCCUGCAGCUGGACUUUGAGAUGGAGAACUUCACUAGCCAGUCAGUCAAGCGGAGGAUCAUGUGGCACAUUGACUACCGUGGCCACGGUGCCCUGCCUGACCUGGAGCGGGCAGUCACUGAGCUGACGGUCAUCCAGCGGGAUGUGCAAGCCAUUCUGCCCCUGGCCAUGGACACAGAGAUCAUCAACACAGCCAUCCUAACUGGACGGACAGUGGCCAUCCCUGUCAAGGUCAUUGCCAUCGAGGUGACAGGUCUCGUCCUAGAUGUCUCCGCCCUAGUGGAAUGCGAGUCUGACAAUGAGGACAUCAUCAAGGUAUCCAGCAGCUGUGACUACGUGUUUGUGAGUGGAAAGGAGUCUCGAGGGUCCAUGAACGCCAGGGUCACCUUCCGCUAUGAUGUCCUCAAUGCCCCCCUGGAAAUGACAGUCUGGGUCCCCAAGCUGCCUCUGCACAUUGAGCUCUCGGAUGCCCACCUCAGCCAAGUGAAGGGCUGGAGGGUACCUAUCCUCCCUGACCGGAGGUCAGCCCGAGACAGCGAGGACGAGGAUGAUGAGGAGGAGGAGCGGCGGCAGAGCGUGAGCCGUGGCUGCACCCUGCAAUACCAGCACGCCACCCUGCAGGUCUUCACCCAGUUUCACACAACAUCAUCUGAGGGCACUGAUCAGGUCGUCACCAUGCUGGGCCCAGACUGGCUGGUGGAGGUCACUGACCUGGUCAGUGACUUCAUGCGAGUGGGUGACCCCCGAGUGGCACACAUGGUGGACAGCAGCACGCUAGCAGGCCUGGAGCCAGGCACCACCCCCUUUAAGGUGGUGUCCCCGCUAACAGAGGCCGUGCUUGGGGAGACACUGCUGACGGUGACAGAAGAGAAAGUCAGCAUCACGCAGCUGCAGGCCCAGGUGGUGGCCAGCCUGGCCCUCUCCCUGCGGCCCAGCCCCGGGAGUAGCCAUACCAUCCUGGCCACCACGGCUGCCCAGCAGACCCUCAGCUUCCUCAAGCAGGAAGCCCUCCUGAGCCUCUGGCUCUCCUAUAGUGACGGUACCACGGCCCCACUCUCCCUCUACAGCCCCCGGGACUAUGGGCUGCUGGUCAGCAGCCUGGACCAGCGUGUGGCCACCGUGACCCAGGACCGGGCCUUCCCACUGGUGGUGGCCGAGGCCGAGGGGGCAGGGGAGCUGCUCCGUGCGGAGCUCACCAUCGCUGAAAGCUGCCAGAAAACCAAGCGCAAGAGUGUGCUGGCCACGACCCCCGUGGGCCUGCGGGUGCACUUUGGGCGGGAGGAGGAGGACCCCACCUACGACUAUCCGGGUCCCAGCCAGGGCUCGGCCCGGGAGCAGGCCGAGGACCCCGCCAGCUCGCCCACCUCCAAGCGCAAGCGGGUCAAGUUCACCACCUUCACCACGCUGCCCUCGGAGGAGCUGGCCUAUGACUCCGUGCCCGCCGGCGAAGAAGAGGACGAGGACGAAGAGGACCUGGGUUGGGGCUGCCCGGACGUGGCGGGCACCACGCGGCCCGCGCCACCCCCAGACCUGCACGAUUACAUGCGCAGAAUCAAAGAGGCUGCAUAG